AUGUUGCAGUUGUAUCAAGCAUCACCAACUGCCCAGAGGAGGGUGACACAACAGAUUCAAUCAGCUUCCCAGUCACAAGCACAAACUGAUGAAGUCGACAGUGGCCUUCCUAUGGAUAUUAAACCACGUGAGCUUUACCUUCUCUUCCCUUCAUUUAAGGAAUAUGCAGGCUUACUGGUCAAGCUAACAUCAAAACAGCCAGUUGGCUUUGUUACACUUGACAGCAGUGUAGAAGCUGUAAUGAAUGCAUUAAACAGUACUCUAUUUGAUUCUGAAAAUCCUCAGACUCUCUGUGUGGAAUUUGUAAAGGUGAACAAGAUGAUAGCCAAAAGCAAACUGACAGCUACACCUAACUCCACAAAUAUGCAUCCUGCCUUGGCAGCACACUUCAUUGCACACGACCCCUAUGACCUUGCAGGAACAGCAUUGAUUCCUGCAUGUCCAGAAGCCUGGUCUCCCUAUUGCCUGUACACAACAGAACUGACCCCUGCCAUUCCACAUACUGCGUUCACCUACCCUGCUGCUGCACUUCACACUCAGAUGUGCUGGUAUCAUCCAUCUGAAAUACCUCCACAAGGAUGGAAGUCUCAUCAGUUAAAUAUUUAA